CAAAAAAAAAAAAAAUCCAAUAUGGCAAUAUACAAACAUCCAUAAAAGAAGCAAUCUCUGUGAGCAUGUGACUACUUGUGGCUCUGCAAGUUGAAAAAAAAUGUCCAUGUUUAUGUUUCCAUUCCCGGGAGAAACCACUUCUUUCCUUUCAAAAAUGAAACAUUCCCUCUUUUUGCUUAUUUCAUUCUUCAUCGUUACUUUAUUUCUCUUCAAAUGGUUGAAUCGGACUUCAAGAAAACUCCCACCUUCACCACCAAAACUUCCUAUAAUUGGAAACCUUCAUCAACUUGGUUUUCUUCCCCAUCGAUCCCUCAAAUUAUUAGCUGAAAAAUAUGGUCCUUUAAUGCUUUUACACUUAGGAAGCAAGCCAACGCUCAUCAUCUCGUCUCCUCAGGUCGCUAAAAUGGUCCUCAAAACACAUGAUCUCGAUUUCGCAAACAGGCCUAAAUUAAAAUUUAUUGGAAGAAUUUUGUACAAUUUUAAGAACAUGGGUUUCUCGCCGUACGGUGAAUAUUGGAGGCAAGUAAGAAGCAUAUGUGUAUCUCAGCUUCUUAGUAACAAGAGCAUUCAAUCUUUCAGAAGCGUGCGCGAAGAAGAAAUCGCGUUAUUGAUGGAAAAAGUAACAGAAUCCUGCGUGUCGCGCUCUUCAUUCAAUAUCAGCGAGAUGCUGGCUACACUCGCGAACAAUAUAAUUUCGAGGAUAGUUAUUGGGAAAAGGUUAUCCGGGGAGAAAAGUGGGAGUAAUUUCAAAAAGAUGUAUGAGGAAUUUUCGGAGAUAUUGGGGAGUUUUAAUGUCGGUGACUAUACCACAUGGCUUGGAUGGAUUAAUCAUAUUAAUGGUUUGGAGGCAAAAGUGAAUAGGAUUGCAAAAGAGAUAGAUGAGUAUUUCGAAAAUAUUGUUGAAGGAGGAAUGGAAAGGCGUGAGGAAGCAUUGAGAUAUAAUGGUGAACGUGAUGAGUUUAAAGGGCAACAUAAUUUCUUGGAUGUCUUGCUUGAACUCCAAUCAGAAAAUACCAGUGGAUAUACUCUCCAUCGUGAUUCAAUCAAAGCAAUAAUAUUCGACAUGUUUGUUGGUGGGACCGACACUGUAGCUGCUCUAUUGGAGUGGGCAAUUUGUGAGCUAGUUAUAAAUAAAGAUGCUAUGACCAAACUAAGAGAUGAGGUGCGAAGAUUCUCAAUCAGUAAAUUGAAUUGCAUAACAGAGGAUGACCUAAAAAAACUCCCUUAUUUAAAGGCGGUUAUUAAAGAAACUUUGCGCAUGCAUCCUCCUGGCCCAUUGUUACUUCCUCGCGAAUCAAGAAACGCAGUUAAAAUCAUGGGUUACGAUAUUUCUUCUGGCACUCAAGUGUUGAUCAAUGCUUUCGCCAUCGGGAGGGACUCUACGUUAUGGCAAAAUCCUGAUGCAUUUUCACCCGAUAGGUUUCUGAAUAGCUCUAUUGACGUUAAAGGACACAACUUUGAGUUGAUCCCAUUUGGUCAUGGAAGGAGAAGUUGUCCUGGUAUGGUACUAGCCUUGGCAACCGCUGAAGUUACGCUUGCAAAUUUAAUGUUGAAAUUUAAUUUAGGACUUGGUGGAGGGGUAAGAUCCGAGGAUUUGGACAUGAAUGAUGCUCCAGGUGUUGUUGCAAAGAGGAAGAUACCUUUGAUCCUUGAGGCCACUCCACCUGACUAAGCAUCAACAGAGAAUAUGGAAAAUUGUCUAAAUUUUAAGUGUUUUUUUUGGCCAAUAGAUAGGUUUGUAGGGGUUUUUUUUUUUGGUGGGGUUGUGGGGUGGGGGUUAAGCUGUUUUUGAGUGUGUGAUGAUUCCCGCAUUCGCGCAUGAGUGGGUUUUUCAGUUGUUUUAGGAUUCUUUCCAUACAUUUCUUAUAGGAGACAUUUGGGAACAUUUUGGAUUUGCAAACUUAUUUUUAUACUUUAUGUUAAUCUUCCAGUUUCAAUGUUUUUGAGGUUCCUAAAGUAAAACCCCUAGUAACUAGACAAGAAGUCCAGAUGGUAUAAACAACAAUUAAUUUCACAUAAAGAAACGAAAGUUUCAUGCCAGUUACCUCUUAUAAAAAGGAACAGAGGCAGAAGUAAAAUUGCUAAGGUACAUUAAAAGCUCAUUCUCUAUAACCCUGCAGAGACAUAGCUAGGGAGUUCUCAGGUUGCGAUUUUCCUCUCAAAGAAAAAAAAAAGAAAAAGAGAAUUCAAUUAAUAAACUGAAUUUAUUAGUUUCUGAGAUUAGUUACAUUUUUGUUUUUCCACCACUGAAGUAUUUGAAAUCAGAUAUUGACAUAGUUAUUGAAAAUGCUCAUUGCAGCAAGAAAUUGAAACGUCCCAAGGUUGCACUGAUUCGUGUAUCGUGAUCUUUAUAGGUGCAUGAUAAGUCCGAUAAGAAAUUGAUCGGAAAUUUGAAAUUCAUUGAAGCUUACAGUGAGGAGUAUGGAUGGUUGGAUUCGAAUUAAUAUGCUUCAGGAAAGUAAGGAACUAUUGACUGCUAUUGUUACCUGCAGCAGAAGAAUCAGUAUGUGUUGGCCCUGUUUUGAUGAGUGAAUGAAUUGCAUUUCAAAGUUUUUUCAAAGCGUUUCUUUUUGGUUUUUUUUUUUUUUUUCCAAAGCUGAUGAUUGAAGACGGGCUAAAUGAAGUUGCUGGCUGCGAAUGAAUGUGGUAACAUCUAUUACAUUGGAUCCUGGUUUGAUUGGUACUGGUUUUGUUUAGGUUUUGAUGAUUCCGAAAUGGGGAUAAUCGCUUAGACAUGAGAGCUGAUUCUGCUGCCAUAUUGAAACAAGCUUCAUUUGCCUUUUUCCUGAUAUGAGCCACCUAGUUCUUGAAGAGUUUGAAUAAUUGACUAUUAGGGAAUUAGGGUUGAGCCUUUUCUUAGGGUAAGUGACCUUUGAGGAAUACUGUUGAUUAAUAUUCCUCAAUCCUCAUUACUUGUUCAAUGUGCUUUUAAUUGCUAAGCUUAAAGGACCCAAAGAUAAUUUUGGAACAUGAAUAAAAAUAGAAAAGAGUACAGUAAGUUGAAGUAGUAGCAGCUUCAGAUGUAUUCAAAACUAAGUUGAAAAUGGUAAACAUAAAACUAGAAGAGUACAGUAAGGAGGGCUCAUGAAGAUGGUAUGACAGUGUUGGCAAUCCUUUCAAAGGGAAGGCUCAUACAAUUUUGUGAUCAAGAGAAGCUGAUUUGCUCUUGAUGCAGUUAUGCUAACAGUCUCUGCCAUGUCUAAAUCUUUCGGGUUGAGGCCAUUCGGAAGUUUCCAAUCAAAAUGGUAGAGUAAUAGAGCUAAUGGAAGAUAGACAUUUGAAAGGCCAAAUGUUAUUCCAGGGCACAUCCUUCUUCCAGCACCAAACGGUAUAAGCUCGAAAUGGUUUCCGGUGAAAUCUGUGACACUGUUUUCAAAUCUCUCUGGUUUGAAACUCUCGGGAUCAUCCCAAGACUCAGGGUCUCUCCCAAUCGCCCAGGCGUUAACAAAGACUCGGGUUUUGACAGGGAAUAUAUAACCAUCAAUCUCAGUUUGUUCCCUGCUUUCUCUUGGAACCAGAAGAGGAACUGGAGGGUGUAGCCUGAGUGUUUCCUUAACAACUGAUUUUAAGUAGGUCAAUUCUUGGAUGUCAGCCUCUUCAAUUGUUUUCUUUCCUCUGAAAGCUAUCCUUACCUCAUUCUGUAGCUUGGCCAUAACUUCAGGAUGCCUGAUCAACUCGGCCAUUGCCCACUCCACUGUGGAGGAUGAAGUUUCAGUUCCUCCUGUGAACAUAUCCUGCAAAAAAUAGAGAUUUGUGUUGUAAAUAACUAAUCUUAAACAUCUGUGCAUUCCACCAUUUGUGCUGUAAUAACCACUUACGUGCAUAACACCCUUGAUAUUAUCCUUCGUAAUUGAAAGUUGAAGGUCAUUGCUGUGCUUGACUCUCAGCAGGACAUCAAGUAGAUCUUCAUCACAUGUUUUCGAUGUUGAUAAGUCUUUGUUGAGGUACUGAUCAAUAAUGUUGUCCAUCACAGUGUCGAGUUUCCGGUGGAUCUUCAUCAGUCUACUCUCCAUGGAAAAGAAAGGAUGGAGGAUCUUCAGCGAUGGGAAGAGAUCAGAAAUUUCGAAGGCGCUGGAAAGGGGCA